GCGCUCCACCUGCUCGGAGCACGGCUUCUACCUGUAGAGUCCGGGCGGGCGCUCCCCCCCGGACACCUAUUUCUUCUUCGGACACCUCCCAUCCAGCUAUCCGCGUCUGGUACAGGAGGCGCUGGGAUCCCGGGGCAGGGCUCCAGGCUCGCAGCUGGUGACAUGUAGACGCCCCGGUCUAGCCUCGGAACCUGGGUGCUCUCCUGCCCGGAAAGUUUGAGGCUGGAUGCCAUGGCCAAGAGCAGCUCCCUGAAUGUCCGCGUGGUGGAGGGCCGGGCGCUGCCUGCCAAGGACGUGUCUGGGAGCAGUGACCCCUACUGCCUAGUGAAAGUGGACGACGAGGUGGUGGCCAGGACAGCGACUGUUUGGCGGAGCCUGAGUCCCUUCUGGGGGGAGGAGUACACUGUGCAUCUACCCCUUGAUUUCCACCAUCUGGCCUUCUACGUGCUGGACGAGGACACUGUUGGGCACGACGACAUCAUUGGCAAGAUCUCGCUGAGCAAGGAGGCCAUUGCAGCCAACCCCCGAGGGAUCGACAGCUGGAUCAACCUGAGCCGCGUGGACCCGGAUGCGGAGGUGCAGGGUGAGAUCUGCCUGGCAGUGCAGAUGCUGGAGGAUGUGCGGGGCCGCUGCCUCCGCUGCCAUGUGCUCCAGGCCAGGGACCUGGCCCCCCGAGACAUCUCUGGCACGUCUGACCCGUUUGCACGUGUGUUUUGGGGCAGCCAGAGCUUGGAGACCUCGACCAUCAAGAAGACUCGCUUCCCGCACUGGGAUGAAGUCUUGGAGCUGCGAGAGAUGCCAGGUGCCCCGUCGUCAUUACGAGUGGAGCUCUGGGACUGGGACAUGGUGGGCAAGAAUGAUUUCUUGGGCAUGGUGGAGUUCCCCCCGCAGACCCUGCAGCAGAAGCCGCCCAAUGGCUGGUUCCGCCUCCUGCCCUUUCCCAGAGCCGAGGAGGAUUCUGGGAGGAACCUGGGUGCCCUGCGGCUGAAGGUGCGCCUGAUCGAGGACCGCGUCCUGCCCUCCCAGUACUACCAGCCCCUCACAGAGCUGCUCAUGGAGUCUGUGCUGGGGCCAGCCGAGGAGGAUGCUGCUAGUCCACUAGCUGUGCUAGAGGAGUUGACCUUGGGGGACUGCCGCCAGGACCUUGCCACCAAGAUGGUGAAGCUAUUUCUCGGCCGGGGCCUGGCUGGGUCCUUUCUGGACUAUCUCACCCGGCGUGAGGUGGCUCGGACCACUGACCCCAACACCCUCUUCCGUUCUAAUUCCCUGGCAUCCAAGUCAAUGGAACAGUUUAUGAAGCUCGUGGGCAUGCCCUAUCUGCACGAGGUCCUGAAGCCAGUGAUCAGCCGUGUCUUCGAGGAGAAGAAGUACAUGGAGCUGGACCCAUGCAAGAUGGACCUGGGCCGAGCCAGGAGGAUCUCCUUCAAGGGCACAGCCUCGGAGGAACAGGUGCGGGAAACCAGCCUGGGGCUGCUGACAGGCUACCUGGGGCCCAUCGUGGAUGCCAUCAUGGGUUCCGUGGGGCGCUGUCCCCCGGCCAUGCGCCUUGCCUUCAAGCAGCUGCAUCAACGUGUGGAGGAGCACUUCCCCCAGGCAGAGCAUGAGGACGUCAAAUACCUGGCCAUAAGCGGCUUUCUCUUCCUGCGAUUCUUCGCGCCUGCCAUCCUCACUCCAAAGCUGUUUGACCUCUGGGACCAGCACGCCGACCCCCAGACCAGCCGCUCGCUGCUGCUGCUUGCUAAGGCUGUACAGAGCAUUGGAAACCUAGGCCAGCAGCUGGGCCAGGGCAAGGAACUGUGGAUGGCUCCCCUACACCCCUUCCUGCUGCAGAGUAUCUCACGUGUGAGAGACUUCCUGGACCGGCUGGUGGAUGUGGAUGGGGAUGAGGAAGCUGGUGGCCCAGUCAGGGCCCUGGUCCCACCUUCGGUGACUGUUCGAGAAGGCUACCUACUAAAGCGCAAGGAGGAGCCUGCUGGCCUGGCCACACGCUUUGCCUUCAAGAAGCGCUACUUCUGGCUCAGCGGGGAGACCCUCUCCUACUCCAAGAGUCCUGAGUGGCAGAUGUGCUCUUCCAUCCCGGUGUCACACAUCUGUGCUGUGGAGCGUGUGGAUGAGGGUGCCUUCCAGCUGCCCCACGUGAUGCAGGUGGUGACGCAGGACGGCGUGGGGGUGCUGCACACCACCUACCUCCAGUGCAAGAACGUGAACGACCUCAACCAAUGGCUGUCAGCCCUGCGCAAGGCCAGUGCCCCCAACCCAGACAAGCUGGCCACAUGCCAUCCCGGGGCUUUCCGCAGCUCACGAUGGACCUGCUGCCUCCAGACUGAGCGCUCAGCUGCUGGCUGCAGCCGCACGCACUCGGCCGUCACGCUGGGGGAUUGGAGUGACCCGCUGGAUCCUGAUGCUGAGACCCAGAUGGUAUAUCGGCAGCUGCUCCUGGGGCGGGACCAGCUCAGGAUGAAGUUUCUGGAGGAUUCCAACAUGAAUACAACUCCAGAGGCAGACAUAGGGAAGGGCUCCAGUGCCACAAAAGGGGACUGUCCUGAUGUCCUGGUCCAGCAGAGAGUGGCAGCUGCCCGCCUGCUGGAGGUGCUCGCAGACUUGGAUCGAGUCCAUGAAGAGUUCCAGCAGCAGGAGCGGGGGAGGGCAGCCCCAGGCACCCUUGAUCCCUGAAAAAAAUGCCAGAACCAGCCUGCAAGGAGCAAGGAGCCAAGAGGCCCUCCUCAAGAGUCUCCUUGUGGCUGUCCUAUACCUUUUUGAUGAUGUGGCCUGGAGGCUCCCAGAGACAUGCCUAGCCCUGUGUAUCCAGAACUCAGGGCAUGGAAGCCCUUUGGCAGGGCCAGCCUGGCACUGAGUGAAUCUCUCUCUGGGAUGAGUCAGACUAAAGUGGAUAGAUUAAGUAACCUGACUUAUUUGUCUGAGCCUGGGGUUUCUGCCUCUUCAGACUAGCCUCUCCCCACACCGUUGAUGCCAGCCUGGCCCUGAGCUGCUGGAUAUAGCUGCACCUGAAUUCCUGCUGCCCAUGUGGCCUUGUUACCCUAGACAGGCACUAAAUGGGCUCAACCCUUCCUGUUUUCAUGUCUACAAAUCCCUGUAACCUCACUGAUCAUUCUGCAGCCUUCCCUUGGCCGAGAGCUUCAACCACAAGCUUCCAGAAUCAGAUGCCCUCAGAAAGAACUGAGGCUGGCAACCCAUGGCAGCCCCAUGUGCCAGACUCAGACCCUUGGAGCCUGGGAGACCAUGGGCCAGGCUCUUUCUCCCCCUUUGAGCCUUGGUUUAUCCUGUGUGAAUUUAGAUGUGUGGUUUUCAAAUUGGAUUGUAUCAAGGUAGCUCAGGAGCCAGGGAGGGGUUUCUCAGACUGUGGUCCAUAGUCCACCCCCUGGGGCAUCUGCUAGAAAUGCAGAUACCUCGGCCCCUCCCAGCUACUGACUCACAAUCUGAGGGUAUGUGGUGGCAAGAAUCAGGGUUUUUAACAAAUUCCUUAGGUGAUGUGGAUGAACAUAAAGUUUAAGGAUCACA